ACAAGAGAGCAUCCAUUCGACUGGGAAGUGCAUUACAUGAAACAUUCAUCAUCUCAUUGAGCAAAUUUUUAUGCGAAAACUAAUUAAAUCAUUUUCAAAAAGUGAUUUCGCUAAUGUUGAAGUGAAUAGUCUUUUUUCGUUUACAAAAAAUUAAUCAUCCAGUUAUUGCAUUCAACUGUCAUUCAAAUUCGCAUAUCGAUGCUGCGUCUACUGCAAAAAGCUAUUUGUUCUUCAAAGCACCAACAGAUACGGAUUAACCUCAGGAAUUCUGAAGUUUAUACAAUGCAUGACGCUGAAAAUUACAUAAAGGUAUCUCAUGCUCAGACGUUUCCCGUUUAUAAAUCGAUGUUGGAUGAAUUUGAAAAUGAACUUAGUCAAAUGAAAGGGAAAUGCCUUGACAUUGGCUGUGGACCUGGAAAUCAUAGCAGAGACUUAAUUUUGCCGAAAUUGUCUCCUGAGUGUAGUAUAGUGGGGGUUGAUAUCUCCAAAAAUAUGAUCGAUUAUGCUCGAAAAUACUGCGCUAAAGAAAAACGAAUGACAUUUAAAGUCAUGGAUAUUGAAACAAGGGAUUUAAAAAAAGAGGACAUUGAAGCUUAUGAUAAUGGGUUAUCUUUCUUUUGCCUCCAUUGGGUUCAGGACGUCAGGUGCGGUUUUGAGAAUAUUUUUAAACUAUUGCGCCCAGGAGGACAUUUUAUAGCUCUUUCCGUUGUUGAUGGAUCUGCGCUUUUUACUUAUCCAAAGCUUGCUAAAUACCCGCGAUAUAAGGAAUAUAUGAAGGAUUAUUUGAAAUACAUAACACCUAUCCAUUAUGAAGAAAAUCCGAGAUCCUCACUGAAGAAGAUUUGUGAAGAAGUUGGCUUCGGAGUUGUGCACAUGAGCAUGAGGGAAAUAAUGUUGGAUUUUAAAGAUGAAGCAGAAUUAAUGACACUUCUGCUUUCGAUAAAUCCUUUCAUUGACCGAAUGCCAGAGAGUUUGCGAGAUGAAUAUACUCGUGACUUAUUGCAAGAAGCUUUGAAACAAGAAAGCUUUUACAAAAAGGUGGAACCACGUGCUUCACAAGAACAAUCUUUGUACGACUUAUAUAAAUGUAUGGUGAUCCACUUGAAAAAACCUAUAUCUUAAUUAUAAUAAUAAUAUUUUAAUUAUUGUAAAAUAAUUAAAGCCUCAUUGUUCUGUA